AGUUAUGAUCUCCUAUUACUUCUGCUGAAUCGUGAAUACCGAGAAUUUGGUUUAUUUGUAUAUAUUAUCUAUUUUGUGUUACAUAAUACUCUCACUUUUUACAUUCGAAUUUAUCCGUAUAAAAACUUUCUCGUUUUAACUGGAUGUAACACUUAGACACUACAACUGCGACAUAAAGUGACAAGUAAAUUUUCAAGUGAAAAACAGAAUUGAAAAUAGGUUAUAUUAGUUAAAUUCAAUAUUGAAUGGUUCAAGUUUGAGUAGUAUGUUUAGCUGUUGAUAAAAAUCAACUAAACUGAUCAGUUUUUAUCAAAAUUUAACGUGUCUUUUUGCAUUGGAAGAUUUUAUCGUAAAUUUAUUGUGAAAUAUUUUGCAAAUUUACAUACGACCUUUUAAGACAACUAAAUUGGGAUAUGUCUGAAAUUAUCAAUGAUGCCGAGUUCCCCGUUUGGAGCCUUCUACCCAAGAAAGAGACUGGCGUAGUCUCUUUCCUUUCGAAGUAUCCCACCUACGAUGGGAGAGGAAUAGUUAUAGCAAUUUUAGAUUCGGGAAUAGAUCCCGGAGCGCCCGGAUUACAGGAAACCUCCGAUGGGAAAGUAAAGGUUAUCGAACGAUUCGAUUGCAGUGGCUGCGGAGACGUCAACACCUCAACUAAAGUUACUCCAGUGGACGGAGUAAUUACUUCUCUGACGGGAAAGAAGUUAAAAAUACCAUCCUCGUGGAACAACCCUGAUAACGUGUAUAGAUUAGGAGUUAAGCACGCUUUUGAUCUCUACCCCGAUAGACUAAAGGAUCGUGUAAAGUCUGAAUACAAGAAGAAAAAUUGGGAAGAAGGUCACAGGAAAUGCGUAAGCGAAGCCACCAGGGACGUAAUUACUUUCGAAGCCAAACAGUCCAGUAAAAAUCUCAACGAAACUGACAAAUUGGAAAAGGAAAAUUUAGAUGUUAAACUUGAUAUCCUAAACUGUUUUGAAAAGAAAUUUAACGACAUAGGGCCGGUGUACGACUGCAUUUUAUUCCAUAAUGGAGACCAUUGGUGUUGCUGCAUUGAUACCUCCGACGAUGGAGAUUUAGCAAAUUGUAAAUUACUAGGAGAAUACAGCAUCACCCAUGAAUACGCUCCCCUAACCAGCACAGACAACUUAAACUUUAGCAUAAAUGUUCACGAAAAUGGAGAUAUUUUAGAGUUGGUCGGUGUUUGCUCAAGCCAUGGCACACAUGUCGCAUCGAUAGCAUCAGGAUACUUCCCUGAUUCCCCGGAACAAAAUGGCGUCGCUCCUGGUGCACAAAUCGUAUCAUUAACCAUCGGAGAUGGUAGAUUAGGUUCCAUGGAAACGGGAACGGCUCUCAUGAGAGCUAUGAUAAAAAUUAUUGAACUGAAGCAGAAGAUGGACGUUCACGUAAUUAAUAUGAGUUACGGAGAGCAUGCUCAUUGGGUCGAUUCCGGGCGAAUAGGCGAUUUAAUUAACGAAAUUGUCAACAAAUACGGCGUUACUUGGGUUUCAUCGGCUGGAAACCACGGGCCUGCUUUGAACACUAUUAGCACCCCUUCUGAUAUCUUCAACGAGCCAAUUAUUAGUAUAGGCGCAUACGUUUCACCUGAAAUGAUGAUAGCAGAAUAUGCGAUGCGGCAGAAGUUGCCUGGCACACCUUACACUUGGUCUUCCAGAGGACCUACUCUAGACGGAGGCGCAGGAGUUCACGUCUGCGCCCCAGGCGGAGCUAUAACUUCGGUGCCCAAUUUUACUUUGAGAUAUUCUCAGCUGAUGAAUGGUACAUCGAUGGCUUCGCCCCACGCUGCAGGUGUAGUGUGUGUCCUGUUAUCAGGCCUCGUGCAACAAAAGGUGCCCUCUUCCCCUUACAUAGUACGCAGGGCGUUAGAAAACACGGCUAAAUUUAUCGAGGGAGUUGAAGUGCCUGCUCAAGGAAGCGGGCUGAUCCAAGUCGAAAAAGCGUACGAUUACUUGAUCAAUUACAACAAUGAGGAUGACAGAGAUGUUAGAUUCCAAAUUCAUUGCGGGUCGUCUAAUUCGAAAGGCAUUUACCUUCGUUCGCGGUCUUACUCUAGUUCCCAGUCGUAUAAAAUUUCUAUCGAACCUCAUUUCUUGAAUUCCGACGAAGUCGAGGCCAGCACAAAAAUCUAUUAUAAUCAAAAAUUCGUUUUGUCUUGCGAUGCCAGUUACGUUAGUUAUCCUUCCCAUCUGGAUUUAGCUAAUGUAGCUCGGACGUUUGCCAUUAAAAUUGAUACUGAUGGUUUAUCGGAAGGAUUGCACUGCACUUCCUUAAACGGAUACGACGUUAAACUAAUCGAGAAAGGUCCGUUGUUUAAAAUACCAAUAACCAUUGUAAAACCCAAGGAAAUGACGGGAUCCAAAUAUCAAGUUAAAUACAGUAAGAUUAAUUUUAAGCCUAACACCAUUAAGAGACAUUACUUCGCACUGCCCCAAAGUGCAACGUGGGCAGUUCUGAAAUUAUCAUCAAAUGAAGACACUGGGAGAUUUGUGAUUCAUGCUUCUCAGCUGGUACCUCGCCAGUACUGCAAAGCUUUAGAAACCAACAAGACCCUAGCGGUAACAUCGAAAUCCGAUGCUGUUUUAAGUUUCCCAGUCAAAUCCGAUCUGAUACUGGAAUUGGUUAUCGCUAAAUAUUGGGCGAACAUUGGAGAAUCCACUUUAGAUUAUACUUUAACGUUUUGCGGUGUUAAACCCAGCCAACCGUCCAUAACGAUGCACGCUGCUGAUGGAAUUCACGCUUUAGAAGUGAAAACGCUUCAAGGAGAAGACAUUGCUCCUUCUAUAAUUCUCAAGAAUUCCGUCCAAAUAAUAAAGCCUGUUGAAACGAAGAUAUCUCCCUUAACAUCAAGGGAUAUAAUCCCACCCGGCCGUCAAGUUUACGAACUGAUACUAACGUAUAACUUCACGUUGUCGAAACCCGCGGAAAUUUCUCCGAAUUUGUCUUUAUUGAGCAGUAUGUUGUACGAGUCUGAGUUCGAAUCGCAAUUUUGGAUGCUGUACGAUUCCAACAAACAACUGCUCGGUUGCGGAGAUGCAUAUCCAGAAAAAUAUACCUUGAAAUUAGACAAAGGGGACUACAACAUAAAAAUCCAAGUGAGACACGAUAAGAAAGAUUACUUGGAUAAAAUAAACGAGGCUCCUAUAUUGCUCUCGCAAAAAUUGAAUGCGAACAUUAAUAUGGAUACGUAUUUGUCGUAUACUCAAGCGCUUCUCGGCGGAAAGAAAGCAGGAGUAACUAAUUGCAGCAACAUUCAUACUCCCAUUCCUCUUUAUAUAGCGCCGUUAGCUUCAGAUAAAUAUUCUCUGAAGUCCAAUAAUACUGCCCACUAUUUGACUGGUACUGUAACAUAUGCCAAAGAUGAAUAUGGGAAAAAGGCCGAUGUAUAUCCAUUCAAGUACAUACUAUUUGAUUUCUCUCAAAAAAAAUCGUCAAAUGGCAGUGGUAAUUCCGAAAAAACCAAACUGGACGAGUGCAAAGAAGCAAUUAGAGAUAUCAGAACGCAAUUCUUGGCAAAAAUGGAUGCAACAACAGCAACUAGCAUGUACGAGGAGCUCACAAAGGACUAUCCUGAACAUCUCCUUAUUCAUUCAGCUUACUUGCAAGUUAUCGAUCCGUUGGAUAAACGCGUUUUGCCCAGUUUUAAAAAGCAGACCUUCUCCGUGGAGGACCUAAACAAAGUGUUGAUCGUAUGUAACCGGGUGCUUUCUGGAAUUAAUCAAGAGUCUGUCUUGGUUUUCAUGGCAACCAAAAUCGACUUGAGACCUGAUGCUACAAAAUUUAAAAGUUCAAUGGAGCAACAAAAGAACAUUUACAUUGAAUGUCUGGCUAGAAAAGGUAUCGCUUUGUGCCGUUUAAGCUUGGCAGAGGAGAAGCAGGAAAUACAAGAUAAUAAAGAAGACAUUGCAAAUACUUGGAAAGCUUUGGUUAAGUUUGUGGAUCCUACUGAUCUAAAAACUUUGACAAGUCAUGUAAUGUAUUUCGCGAUUUGGCACGCAUUUAUAAACAAACAUUAUGGUAGACUUUUAAAAUACACGUUGAAACUUCAGGAGGAUAAGCCCAAUGAAGACAUAGAAAAGAAAAUUAUUGAAUAUUGCAAGGAGUUGCAAUGGGAGCACGUUGCUAAGCAUUUUCAGAGAAAUUUGCCUUCAAAGUUCCCUUCUGCUUUUAAACCUUUUUAAACUGGUUUCUAGUACUUAAGGGUGUAAGUGUAUCUGAAAAUUACAUUUUUACCAAAUCAUAUACAAUGUGUUUAGGAUUUUAAUACGGGUAGUCCGUGUACCUAUUUUUUUAAGUAUUAAUUUAUAUUUUAUUUUAAGUUGGCUCUGAAUAAUUUAAUGAAGAAAUAAAUAUAUCUAAAUCGUC